UAAAAUCAAAUUAUCCAGGUACAUGUAGAUCUUCUGUAACAAUGCAUGAGUUGUUGGCCAAAGUUCUAAAUGAAAAGGAUUUAUCAAAGGCUGGAGACCUGUUCUCAUUGGAGGAUCAUGAAAUAAAUGGUGACAUUAGCACUGCUCUGAAAAAAAUAGGGGACAUAAUCGAUACAGAGGACUAUGUCUCUAACGAUAAUGACCAGAGCGUGGUGGAGAUUUGUAUCACUCGUGUCACAACAGCCAUCAGGGAAAUGGAUACAAUAGAGGAACACUCAUCAGGACUGGUGCAUCUCCUACAGUUGUGUCAGCAACAUAACCUUGACCCGGUCAGCCAGGACAAGGACCCUCCCCAUGCCAAGGUAGCCUCAGACAUCAUGAGCUGUCUGUUUAUGCACUAUGGGAAGUGUAAGGUAAUGACAAUGGCUAUUCCAGUGGUGGUCAAUUUCCUCAGCAGUGACAAUAAGGAGUUGAGUCGCAAUGUCUCCAGUUAUCUGUCCCUGGCAGCACUAGACAACGCUGAUCUCCUGGCUAAACACAUGGAAAUCAUCCUUAACAGCAUGUUUAGAGGAAACUACAUUCUUAGCACAGUUCUUCCUCAGAUCUAUGCCCAGAAUAGUGAUCCAAUCAUUGACUGUACAGACAGACUGAUGGACAUACUAGAUCAGUGUGAUGUGUCAGAGAGAAGUAGUCUGUGUCAGGUGUUCUCCAUGGUGGCCAAACAUAAACCACAGAAAUUAGAAGCACACAUUCCUAAGCUGUCUGAGUACCUUUCAACAUCAGUGUUAGCUCCCCUUAUUUUGGUGAUGUUUGUUGACAUGGCAAUAGCCAAUCCAAUCCCCUUUGUCAGUUAUGUGUCGGUGCUAAAAACCUCGGCCGAGAAGCAGCCUAUUCAUCUGAUCCAUGUCAUCCAGAUCAUAGGAGCUGUCGGAACAAUUAAUGAGGAGCAGGCCCAGCUGAGCAUGAAUUACUUUGUGUCCAAUCUAACCCAGACUGACCAGGCCGUAUUGACAGUCAUUCUACAGGAAAUUAAGGCCCUGAGUAUUAAUCACCCAGAACUACUGGCCGAUAACAUGGACAAAAUCAGUAAACUCUCCCAGAAUGGCUCCAGUGCUGUACGCAUCCUUGUACAACAGCUGAAGGAUGAUAAUAAAAAGAGGUCUAGUGCCAUAGAUAAGGACAAGGAGAUGAAGUCAGUAUCCAGUCAAACUGAGGGGGCGGUGACAGUGAUUACUGUAGGGAACCCCCCAAACUCGGCCAAUCCUAACGGUAUCACAGUCCGACGCAUGAAUAUCCCCUCCAGCAAUAUGUCUAGUGAACAGAGUCUUGGCAAAUCCUCCAGAACCAGCCUGUCUACAGGUCGCUAUGACAGACCGGUCAGUCCGGCGUCAGUCUACACAGACAGAAUGUCCAUGAUGAGCUCUGUCAGUAGUCAGCAUGGACCCUCAGUUGAGUCUAUGCGUGAUGGUGUACAGCAUUUCUGUGACAAACAUUUCAGUACAAUCCGCAACUUCAUCCUGAACAUAUCAGCUCGCAUUCCUCUUCCAGAAGUCUGCAGUGUUAUUAAUGGUCGUCACAAGCGAUUCCUGAGACUCAGCUUUCUUUGUGGUGGUAAGGGAGAUCAAUGUAUUUAUAACAAAUCCUACUUCACACUGGACACAAAGCUCCCAAAAACAUGGAUCCACCUUAUGUUUCUAUCUACGCAGGCCAAAGCAGCAUCAGCAUUAAGUCAGCAUGACUACAGCAUAAGUCGACUCAAGACCUGCUGGGACUCACUACAGACAGACAGAUCAACAUGGAGUUUCCUAACUCUUGUCACCUCUUCAUUCCCAUCAGCAAAAGAUCAAGAUAUUCUGAUCCAUGAGCUACACUGUUCCCGUUUUUUUGACGUGUUUGAGUUUAAUGCUGCCAAGAAGUACUGGGCUUGUUUUAUGUGUAAUCACCCAGAGAAGAUGUGGGAUUUGAUGAAGAAUGGCUCUCCAGUCAUAGCGGGUCAGCUGAGAGAGAAGAAGGGAAAAUGGAAGUUCCUGAAACGAUGGAAGACCAGGUACUUCACUCUGUCUGGGACACAGAUUACCUACAGCAAGAGUGACCAGCGACAUGAGACCCUCCCCGUAAGUAAGAUACAGAGUGUAAAGGCAGUCAGGAAAGGCUACCGUGAUAUACCCAAGGCAUUCGAAAUAUUUACAGCUGACCAGUCGUACACCUUCAAGGCCAAAGGUCACCAGAAUAUUGAACAGUGGGUGCAGUGUUUACAUAUUGCUGUGGCUCAAGCACACAAAGGGGAGGGCUCUAAAACGGGGGUGGGGACGGGGGAUCAGGGGCCCCCUAGACAGGAUAAUGUAGUUAUUGAGAGACCCAGGUCUGUCAUGGAUACCAAGCUGUGAUGUAGCAAAUUUCAGUUGAAGUGAAUUCAUUUUGUAUUGAAAGCCUUGUCACAGAUAUUCAUAAACAUUCAAGGGGUUUCUUAAUAGUACCUUACUUAACAUUCAUAUGAUUAAUUUUGCCAAAGACUGUAAAGUUUACUAUGUGUUUGUGACACAAGGUUGUCUAUUUCAUUAUUUUAAAUGCUUCGAACUUUUGUCAUUACCUCUACAAGGAAAUUGCUUGAGAAAGCUUUUGUAUUCAUAUUUUCAUGCAUGGAAAGAUCAACAUUGUUAGUAAAACCACUGAUUUUUUUUUUCUAAGUCGAAAUAUACAAACCUUUAGUAAUUUUAUAGUUCAGCUUUAGAAUUACUGUGAUAUUUGUUUUCUACAAAAGAAAAAAAUAUAUAUACACUAUCCACACACUAUACAUAUUAACAAAAUGAAGUUAGGUGUCAUUGUGUUGUGUACCUGAUUUUAGAUAAUGACUAACUGUAAUGAGUACUUCCUACAGGGAGAUUAGUAUCCCUGUGUCUGGGGCAUUGUCCUAAUUAUGUUUUACAUUCCACGUCGGCUUGACCUUUA